AUGGUAGCAAAUAAUGAAAUCGAUGCAAGUAACACCAUAAAGAAUAGUAAAACCAACGAAAUCAACACAAGUAAUGCUGCAGAUAAUAGUGAAACUAACGAAUAUAAUGGCAUAGAUGAUAGUGAAAUUAAUGUAGUAGAUUAUUAUGAAGAAGCAUAUCGUGGUAGUGUAGAUAUUGUAGACGUGGAGGAUGUAAAUAUGGAUGCUGAAGUGAUUACGUUAAAAGAAGUGAAAUCAUUUUUCAAUUUUGAUGAUGCAGAACAACAAAUAAGAGGUUAUGCUGAGUUCAAAGGAUUCAAGACAAAGUUGGGCCAGAGUACUAUGAUUGAAACAGAAAAUGGAAAAAUUAUGCGAAAAAGAACGAUUCUCUGUCACCAUUCAGGUCGAUAUCAAUUAAAAAACUCUACAAAAUCAGGAAAAUCAAUUAAAUUAGAAUGUCCAUGGCAUGUUAAUCUCUCGCGACCAUCAAAGCAAAAUUCAAAUAAUUAUGUCUACAUAACAACACUGAAUGAUGAACAUAAUCACGAAAUGUGUCCAGAAGCGCUUCAGUUCGAAAGAGAUAAGGUGUUUACAAAAGAGAUGAGAGAUGAUGUCGAAUUUUAUAUUAGGCAGUGUCAUUUUGGUGCAACAUUAAUUUGGCGGAUCCUUAAGCAGAAGUAUUCUUUCCACCCAGUCUUUUCUAAGGAUCUAUACAAGGAAAUUCAAAAAUACAAACCAACAGCGCAAUUUAAUCAGGGUGAUGCAGCAAGAUUCUAUGAAGAAUUACUCACCAAACAAUGCCAAGAUCCUCGUUGGUUUGUAGAAGUAACAUGGGAAGUUGAAACAAGUACACUUACUGGCAUAUUUUGGAUGAGCCUGGACCAAAUAAUUUUAUGGCAUAAGUUUAGUGAAUCUAUAGAUUAUGAUAACAUAUCAGGAACAAAUCGUUACCGUAUGCCAUUGUCUCUCUUUGUAGCUCGUGAUAACAAUAUGAAGUCUCAAAUAGUCACACAAGCCCUUCUAAGCGAUAAGACUACUGAAUCAUAUCAAUGGACACUACGUAUGUUAAAGAAAGCAACAAGAGAAAAAAUGCCCGGUGUAAUUAUCACUGAUGGUGACCCUGCUAUGGAACGUGCUGUUUUGAUUGAAUGUUCAACUACUCGGCACCUUUUUUGUAUAUGGCACAUUAAAGAGAAUCUUAAAAAGAUGCUCCGUGGAAAAUUGGGUGCGGAAUUUGAUGAUUUUUACUCUGCAUUCUGGAAGUGUCGAAAUAGUGAUACACCUGAAAGUUUUGAUUAUUAUUGGAACAAAAUGAUUAGUAAGUAUCUAUUGGCGAAGCAAUAUCUUGAAAGGUACUUAUAUGAAAGACGUAAGUCUUGGGCACGAGAAUUCAUAGCAACAUUGUUCACUCUUGAGAUUGAGUCUACUUCCUUUGUAGAGAGUCAAAACGCAUGUAUUAAGCGUGUUCUUGAGAGUAGUAAUAUGUCUCUUUGUGAGCUCAGUAAAAUUCUUAUAAACCAAGCUGAAAAUAGGAUAAACCAGAAAAAAUAUGAAAAUUUAGUAAGAGACGUUCCUUUGACUACGAAAUACAUAACAAUUUUUCCUCCAAUAGAGGCAAUUGUUUCAUGUUAUCUGUGCCAAAAUGUUGCACAACAUAUAAUCAACCAAAUGAAGGAAUGUGUUUAUUAUACUGCAUACUGUUCUAGUAUUGAAGAAGUUGAGAAUACACUAGCAGAUGAGCCAUCUGAAAGCGAAAGUUUUGAAGAUGAGCCAGAUAGUGUUCUUGUGUGUGCAAAAUUUCUUUUAAAUCAAUUGGAUAAAGCUAAUAUUGAAGAAUUGCACCUGCUUACUGUGACAAAAAUUAAGGCUCGUGUGCAGACAUUAUUUUCAUCUUUUAAAUGUUACGAGAGUAGCAUGCUUCAUGAUGAGUUUUUCGAAUUGCCUCAGCAAUUUAGUAGUAUGAAUAGUAAAGAAGAUAUAAAUAAUAAUUUAGUAGAAGAACAACUAUUUUACGGGAAAGUGUGGAGCUUAAUACGUACUGCAACUGAUAAAUGCCUGUUACAUCGUGACUAUGGGUUUAUUCAGUUGAUUGAAAAUUAUUUGGAUGAUGUGCAUAAACGUGAAGAGGAACUUGCUAAAAUACGUCAAGCGGAUGUAAGUGAUGAUUCUGAUAAAGAGAAUACAUGCCUAACUGUUCAACUUAAAAAUCCAUUAGUUGUUAAUACCAAAGGCAGACCAAAAUCAGCUAGUCACAAUAAAAAUAAUACAAACCAACAGUUAGUACAUAAAGGUAAAAGAAAGCGUGAUCGUGGUCCAAAUCUUUGCAGUUACUGUAAAGAAUCAGGACAUAACAUCGCUAUGUGUUCUAAAAGGGUUACUGAUAAGAAGGAUUAG